AUGAUCAACCAUCCAAAUCCAAUCCACAAUUCUUCUGUUGUUCCUCAAAUAUCUACAAAUGUUGUGAACGUGGCUGACGGAGGAGGGGGAAAUCGAUCGAACCUGGAUUUGCAAUUACUGCAACAAGAGAAUCGUUGGAUCUUACACAAAGGUUGCUUAUCCAUAAGUGAUCAGGUGCUUGAAGCCAUAAGGAAGGAGCAUGAAGCAGCUGAAGCUAAAAAGGCUCAACUAGCCCUAAAUGCAAGGAAAAAAGCAAAGUACAUCACCAUCCCAGAAGGUUUUGACCUUCUCCAGCAGAAAAAAUGCAAGGGAAUGGCCACCGGAGGUGCUUUAAUUGAUGCAUUCAAUGUUGCGCAGAGAGAUGUUGCUGACAAAGAUUGUGCACGAAUGUUCUACGCUAGUGGUUUGGCAUUUAAUCUUGCAAGAUCCCCCUAUUUUCGGAAGUACUCACUGACCCUUGCAAAUAGCAGGUUAGCCGGAUACAUUCCUCCUUCAUACAAUAGGUUGCGUACCACUUUGCUUUCCCAGGAAAAAAAGCAUAUCAACAGGUUGUUACAGCCAGUGAAAGAUACAUGGAAGAAGAGAGGUGUUUCAUUGGUCUCCGAUGGGUGGUCUGAUAGGCAGCGCAGGUCUUUGAUUAACAUAAUGGCAGCAUCUACUGGGGGAGCUAUGUUUAUAAAAGCCAUUGAUGCGAGUGGAAAUACCAAGGAUGCAGAGUAUGUUGCAAACUUGUUCUUACAGGUGAUCAAGGAUUUAGGAGAAGCAAAUGUGGUUCAAAUUGUGACAGACAAUGCCUCAAACUACAAGGCUGCUGGGUUAACUAUUGAAGCCAAAUACCCACAUGUAUUUUGGACUCCAUGCGUUGUGCAUAGUCUCAACUUGGCCUUGAAGAGCAUCUGUGAGCCAAGAGAAAAAACACCUUACCAUGGCAAGGCAAAUUACAUCUUCAAUCACUACUCUAAUUUGAAAUUGCUAAGUGUAGCAGAAACUAGAUUUGCCUCUAGUUUUAUCAUGGCUAAACGCUUAAGGGAAGUUAAGACAUCUCUCGAAAAAAUGGUGAUGGAUGCAAGCUGGAAAACCUAUAGGGCAGAUGGAAACACUUUAGUUGAAACUAAAGCUCGUGAGGUGAAAAAAUGCAUUGUUGAUGACACAUUUUGGGAUCAGUUAGAUUAUCUUUUAAGUUUCACCGAACCAAUCAUUGACAUGUUGAGGAUAGCUGACACAGACUCUCCCGUUUUGCAUCUCAUAUAUGAUAUGUGGGAUACAAUGAUUGAGAAUGUGAAAAAGGGGAUAUUUGAACAUGAAGGAGAAGACAUGGAGUUUGGUAAAUCUGACUUUUUCAAUGUUGUGCACCAAAUUUUAGAGAGUAGGUAG